UCAUUCUUGUUGCAACGUUCAAGCCGUGUAGACGUCUUCGGUUUCGUUCAUCGCGUGUGCUCAACGUAUUUUCAUUUGAUAAACUUGGCUUACACUUCCAUAGACAGCGACAGUGAGAGAGCGCGCGCGCACACACUGUAGGUGAGAAAACCAGCUUAGAGCGAGCCGACAAGUGUGUCUUCCAAACAGCAUCCGCAGCUGUCGUGUGUAACAAAAAGAGUCAAAGCUACCUGUUUAUGGUGUGUUGUUUGGCGGAUGAGUAUAACGUAGAGCGCAACGUCAAAUAGCUCAGCUGCAGCUACAUCGUACAUAGUUAAAAGUUUAAUACGCUCAAGCUGAGACGCUGCCGUAUCCACAGUCGUCGUGUCUCUCUCUUUGCAAUAGCAGCCAAGUAGAUUGUAGGGUGUGGUGCAAAAAUAAUUUCAAAUAAUAAGCGAACAAAUAAAUACACAAAUACAAAUAUGAGUCGAUUCCACCUCAAAAUGUUUGAUAACCUCUUACCCGCGCUUUUGCUAUUUAUAACACUCGUCGCGCAACAAGCACAGGCGCAGAGGACACCCACGAUUUCGUACAUCACACAGGAGCAGAUCAAGGACAUUGGUGGUACCGUCGAAUUCGAUUGCUCCGUCCAGUAUGCCAAAGAAUACAAUGUAAUGUUUGUCAAGACUGAUACGGACCCCGUCUUUUUGACCAUUGGCUCCACGCUUGUGAUUAAAGACUCGCGUUUUUCGUUGCGCUACGAUCCGAACUCGUCGACUUACAAACUGCAGAUUAAGGAUAUUCAGGAGACGGAUGCUGGCACCUACAGUUGUCAGGUGGUCAUCUCGACGGUGCACAAGGUGUCCGCCAAUGUGAAAUUAUCAGUGCGUCGUCCCCCCGUCAUCGCCGAUAACUCGACACAAUCGAUAGUCGCCAGCGAAGGCACCGAGGUGCAAAUGGAAUGCUAUGCCAGCGGUUACCCAACUCCAACCGUCACAUGGCGUCGUGAAAACAAUGCUAUUCUGCCAACUGAUAGCGCCACCUAUGUGGGCAACAUACUGCGCAUCAAGUCACUGAAGAAGGAGGAUCGCGGCACCUACUAUUGUGUGGCCGACAACGGUGUCAGCAAGGGCGAUCGUCGUAACAUCAACGUUGAGGUGGAAUUUGCCCCUGUUAUCACCGUGCCACGUCCUCGCCUCGGCCAAGCGUUGCAGUACGACAUGGAUCUGGAGUGCCACAUUGAGGCGUAUCCCCCGCCAGCGAUUGUGUGGACCAAGGAUGACAUUCAGCUGGCCAACAAUCAGCAUUACACCAUCUCGCAUUUCGCCACCGCCGAUGAAUACACCGAUUCGACGUUGCGUGUGAUCACCAUCGAGAAGCGUCAGUAUGGCGACUAUGUGUGCAAGGCCACCAAUCGGUUUGGCGAUGCCGAGGCGCGUGUCAAUCUCUUCGAGACAAUUGUGCCCGUCUGCCCGCCGGCCUGUGGUCAGGCGUACUAUGGCGGUGCCGAGCACAUUGCUGCCUCGGCCUCCUCGUUUGCCCUGCUUGGCAUUUUGCUUGCCCUGCUCUUUGCCAGAUAAGCCAAUUAAUGUAGCCAACCCACCAGCAACACAACCAGACUACGAUGCUCCACGCUCCUCCAUAUCUAAUCCAAAAGCAUACCCAUCAAUCAGCUCUUGAUUAUAUACAAAACAUAUACAUAUUUAUAGCGUAUAUAGAAUCACAUUACAAGUAAUAGACAUCACUCAAAACUGUAGACGAAACGUGUCGCAAUCUAACAUAUAAUUGGAAACUUUUUUCUUUAUUUGGCAGCUCUUAUAUUAAGUUCUUGUUCUACUUAUUGUUUUCCAUAUGUCAAUGCUAC